AAUGAUGACGUUUUUGUGCGAUGCACUGGAUCAUUACGCCGAGGUGGCAACGAACUUUUGACAUUUGUAUUUUGUGCUUUGUUUUGUUUUGUUUUGUUCUGUUUUAUCGACGUGUUCUGUGGCAUUUCAAACAUAAUGUCACGAGCGUUGGCUACACAAGAUUUCCCACGGCGACGGCCUCCCGAACGUCAUCUGCCACCGCUGCCUCUAUAAGAUCGAAUUCUGCCUCGAGUUCCGCAAGCUAUGUUUCAUGUCCGACGCCACCCUCCGUCAAUUAAACGCGGCGAUGGCGACCGAGAACGGCCCCGCCGACAACGGCCCGCCGCCCCAGCUGCCCUUCUUCGAGCAGCUCGCCAACGGCAACGAAGAAGACGUCGUCAUGGUGGUGGACCCCACGGCUCUCGACUACGAGUCCGAGUACGAAAGCGAGAACGACAGGCCCAGCGACGGUGAAAACGUCGAGACUACGGAUACCUACGGCGGGAAGAACGUGUCCAUGUGCCGGUACUGCGAUCACGCCUUCACCGACAAGGGCGAGUGCGUCGAGCACGAGAACACGGCCCACAACAACGAGGUGCCCUACACCUGCAGCCUGUGCGAGAUGGGUUUCGCGGACCGCCUGCAGUAUUCGGCGCACCUCAAGGGGGUGCACCAGAACGACAAGCCCUACAACUGCCCGCAGUGCGACCGGACCUUCGCCAGGAGGUCCGACUUGCGGAAGCACACCGUGGUGCACACCGGCAUCAAGCCCUACACCUGCAUGGUGUGCUCCAAGUCGUUCUCGCGGAACACGAACCUCUCCAAGCACAUGCGGAUCCACUCGGGGCAGAAGCCCUUCGUGUGCCCCAAGUGCCCCAAGACGUUCUUCUCCAAGGGAGACCUCACGCGCCACGCCAUCAUCCACUCGGGGCAGAAACCCUUCAGUUGCAACUUCUGCCACUUGAGUUUCGGGCGCAAGGACAAGCUGCUGCGGCACGAAAAGCGUCAUUUCCCGCAGGAGAACUGCGAGGACAAGUCGCACGAGCUGCAGUUGAUGCGCGACAACCUCGGGGAGUACUACGCGAAGGACGGCGACGAGACGCGCGACAGCGAGGACAAGCAGGAGGCGUGGGCCGACUCGGAGAACAUGGUGAUCAGCUUGGACCCCUUCAACCACAACAGCUUCGACGGGUCCGUGAAGGCGGAGAACGCAUCGGAGACGGAUUUGACGGCGGAGCCCAAGGAGGCGGCGGACGGCGCCGAGCUGCGCGACCUGCCGCAGAUCCCGGCGCACAUCACGGGGGACAGCUUCUCGAACGACGACGGCAAGCGCUACUCGUGCGACUCGUGUCCGAAGACGUUCUCGAACCCGGAGAACAUGCGGUACCACCACGCCACGCACUCGGGGAUUAGGCCGCACGCGUGCACGGUGUGCAAGAAGACCUUCAUCAGGAAGCGGGAGCUGGACAGGCACUUCGCCACGCACACGGGGAUGAAGCCGUUCAAGUGUGUCAAGUGCAGCAAGAGCUUUGGGCGCAAGGACAAGCUGGUGCGGCACAUGCGGAUCCACGACGUAAACAAGGAGCACUCGUGCACGAUGUGUCCCGCGACGUUCAACAGGCGGGACGGACUACUGCAGCACAUCAAAACGCACGUCAAGAACGAACAGAGUUAAAUUGUUAUUUAUUUUUUUUAUCGUGUCUUCACAUGUUUUAAAGAUUUUAGGCUUUUUUAGAUUAUGGUAUUUAAUUAAGUAGUUUUUAAUUUCUGUUACGAUUUUAGUGAUACUUAUAUUUUGCACCGAAUAAAGUAUUUUUGCAGAG